AGUCCGUGCGGUGGAACUUGGAAGUUAGUGGAAGCAGCGGAAUACCCUGUUCUUAAUCUGUAUCACCAAUUUGGUGAUUCUUUGUGCUUGUUUAAUAGACUUGCCCAGUCUGCUUUCUCAAGAAACCAUCGCCCAAUGGGCUAAUGACAAGCUAAUUGCAGCUUGAAAGCAUGUUGAUAAGUUGUCCAAAACAACGUGGUCAUAUGUCGGAGUAUUUUAUUCACUGCAAGUUGCAAUAGACGAAAAGUCAUUCAGUUCAAGUCAACGCCUGAUGUAAAGAAUGCUCAUACAUAUGCUGGUUUUGUAUGAUUAGCUCAACUCAACUUGGUCUUCUCCUGCUUCUUCUUGAUUCAGAUUCAUCCUCUCCAGUUAUUGGUUUUUAAAAGAGAAAGAAAAUUAGGAUGGACUCUACUCCAAUUCCAAAUGAAGGCAAUCAAGAAGUUCGCAUUGAUGUGGUUGAAAGGUUAAAAUCUUCCAUGACUAAAGAGCUAGCUACAUUGGCUAAUGAUUCAUAUACAGUUUGUAUUUACCGAGUUUCUGAGAAAUUUAGAAAAUCAAAAGAAGAAGCUUACACACCUCGUGUUGUCUCAAUUGGACCUCUUCACCAUGGUAAGAGUCAUUUGCAAGCAAUGGAAGCAUACAAAUUAAGAUACCUGGAAAACUUUAUUUCUAAGUUUGGAAUUGGCAUAGAUAAGUUGGUUACGUAUGCAUAUAAGAGGGAGGAUCAAGUUCGUGGCUGUUAUGAAGAUGCCUCUAAGUUUGAGUCAGAAGAGUUCUGCAAAAUGAUUCUGUUAGAUGGCAUUUUUGUUGUCCAGCUGUUUGUGAAGAACCUCAUACAUAUGAGAGAUCCUGGUGAUAUGUUAUUUGAAAACCUCUGGAUGGCUAGUGAUCUCAUGCACGACAUGUUAUUACUUGAAAAUCAGCUUCCUCUAAAUUUUAUCGUAGGACUAUACGAGUUUAUGGAUGGUACUCGAGUUCAGCAGAAGUCCUUUUAUGACCUUUCACUUGAUUAUUUCAAGACAGUGGGAAAUACAACAAAAUUAAAGUCGACAUUUGAUUGUGAACGUUCCAGGCAUCUAGUUGAGUUCUUGGUUAUUCUUCACAGGCCUACAUCUAACAAGCAACCACUGCCAUUGGGCACUGGCAAGUGCGAAUAUACCAGAAGUGCUAGUAAGUUACAUGCUGCUGGGGUGCAUUUUAGUGUUGGGACCGGAGAAUUGUUUGAAGUAUCAUUUGAUAUAAAAGGCGGGGGACUAAAACUUCCGCGCAUAACAGUGAAUGAGAAAACUGAAACAUUUUUCCGGAAUCUGAUAGCAUAUGAACAGUGUGGGCACUAUGAGAAGUACAUAACAAGUUAUGUAAUCUUCAUGGACAGCCUUAUAAACACGGCUGAGGAUGUGGAACUGCUAGUUUCCAAUAAAAUCAUUGAGAAUUUGCUAGGCGAAGAUCAGCAAGUAGCUGACCUAUUUAACAAUCUUCACAAGGAAGUAAUCGAGGAGCAAAGAGACUUCUAUUUUGCUGAUAUUUGCAACGAACUUAAUGCCUACAGCAAAGAUUACAUUCACGAGUGGAAGUCUUCAUGGUUCAAGUGGAGGUUGAUCUUGAAAGAUGAUUACUUUAGCAAUCCAUGGUCUUUCGUUGCUUUCAUGGCUGCCUCUGCCGUGAUAGUCCUCACAGUAAUACAAACUGUGUGCUCUUUAGUGGGUCUAUAGCACUGAUUAAUCUUUUGUUUGCUCCUUCCUGAAGUUUGUGAGUUUUCCUUGAUUAUUGUUUAUACUUUUGUGUGAUUCUAAAGUUUUUCAACGUGUGGCAUAUUUCAUAUACAUGAUUCUUGUAUAUUACAGAUUUACAUCACUUGUAACACAGCUUGAUUAUUAUAUAUUCUCCUUCACUUUUAA